AUGACUCAGGCACUUGUAGAGUGUGUGAUGAUUGCACGAGUCGGCAGUGGCCAGUCACAAUCGGGCUCGAGCAAGCAACCGGUCACUAGCCGACCUAUGAGUCGUGGCCUCGGCCAAACGUGUCACCCUCUGCCAGCCUUUAGGCAGCCAGUAAACUUCCGACCUCCUGCAUCCUUAACUGUCCGGCAGCCCCCCUUUUGCUCCUGCGGCAUCGCUCCUACAGCCGCCCGUUUUGUCCUCAUCCUGGCUAUUCGUUUGCCGUCGACUCACCGUCAACUGCUCCACUUCAUGCUCCAUCACGCAAGGUUCAAGCUGACAAAGUCUUUUUGUCCUGAGCAAGCCUGA